AUGCACCUGCCCAUUGAGUCCGUGUCAUCCUGCACGCACACGCCGCCCUGCUCUCUCAUGUGCAAUGAAUCUUUGCUUGGAGUAAAGCUCCAAGCACAGCGUUGCUGCGUACACGACACAGUGCUCCUCGAUUCAUUGUGCUACGAGUCCUCCCUGGUCCUCCAUCAUCCUUGCCCAGAGUCCUUCAUCUUUGUAACUAUCCUCAGAUAUUUCAUGCUGCGGUUUCCUCUGCUGGUAACCGCCUUUAUUAUAGCCGUCCAGGUGCAGGCGCAUAUUACAUAUACCGGCACAGCGACACCAAUAACGGCGGUAUGCGACAAGAACAUACGACUCGAUGACUUCCUAUACGGCCUGUUUUGGAAUGAUGGCUCAUGGCGAGGCUUGGCGUCUAAUGCACAACUCUACAGCACGUACACUCGGGAGACCGCCGAGGAAGACCACGCAGCGCACGCAAACAACACGUUCCAGCAUUGUCCUAACAGCGCGACGACUGCCGCAUCGCACAGCACCAAUCCGUCCAGCUCUCAGACUGCUCACUCGUCAAGCACUGGUGCGGCCGGGAGCGGGCACCAUGUGGACACUGGUGCUGUGAUUGGCGGCGUUGUUGGGGGUGUGCUAGGCCUGUGUCUGCUCAUGCUAGGCGCUGCGUGUGUAAUGCGCCGGGCGAGGGGCGGGAAAGCUGCGGUGUACGACGAGCAACCUCUGGACGCGACGGAGGCAACGUCUCUCGGGGCGCACCCGUUUACGCUGCAGCAGACAGAUCUCACCAGCAACUUGCGCACGCCGCCCGCGUACGAAAAGCACGCGCCGCAGCGCUUAGAAGGCUCGGCGUCGGAGCCUCCGACGAGCUCCGGAGCCGGCGAGCAGGUCGGUAGGACACAUGCCAGUACAGUACCAUAUACCGCAAUGAGUGGGAGACUGAAUGAGAGCGUAUUCCGGGAAUACCACCAUAAUAUCAUAAAUAGCCAUAUUUAUAGAUUUGUAAUACCGGGCUGGAAGGUGGUAGAGGUUCAAGGUCUCGGCUGCCUGUGUUACUUUGACCAAGGACAGGAUACAUAG